UUAAUGCCUUCUCUCUUUUUACAAGUCGCUUUCUCUCUCUUGACUUGACCUCACGUCUCCCAACGCCAUGGCGGCCCAAGCCCUCGCCGGCGAUCGAAUCAACGAGCACCUCAGUGACCUAGAAGCGCAGAGAGCUCUCCUUGACAACUGUAUCUUCCUAUGGAAGUCCCUCUCCAACCACUGGAACGCCCUCCACCUAACAGUCGCCGAACGAUCCCAAGCCUUCGACGCCGAUCUCCAAUCUCUCGACUCGAGAACCCAACGGGCCCUCGAUUCCAUCUCCGGGCGCGAAUCUUCUCUCUGCGACCGUGAGUUCAUCGCCGCUGCCACCAUUCGGGAACGACGUGAUGCCGUCCUGGCUGAGAUCGAGCAGCCCGACGCCCGCGGCCCUCCCGCCGCGAAAUCCGAUCUCCGCGGUCUUCUCCGUUGGUACGCGCGACGCAUGGACUCAGCUGGGCUGUGGCGCUUUGUCGCAUCGCGCCGCAAGGCCCUCUGCUUGCUCUGGAGGGAGAUAACCGACGCCAUAGAUGAGUCGGUCGACCCCCCGCGGCUGGUAAUCGACGCAGUGGAGGACUUCCUGAUCCACCCUAUCGAGGAUGGCAAAGAUCGGAACUGGGCUCUAGGGAUGCUGCUUCAUUCGCUGCUCGGUUCAGAUGGGACAAAGUGUCCAGAUGUAGCAGAAAGUAUCAGGGAGAGGGCAGUUACUGUGGCUGAGUCGUGGAAGGAAAAGUUUGUCCUGAAGACUGAGGAAGGAGAAAGGGAAGAACCAAUGGGUGGUUCGGAGGCACAAAUAUUCCUUCAGAUGGUGGCAACCUUUGGACUGAGGUCACGUUUUGAGGAGGAUUUCUUGUUGAAGUUGAUUACGGAACAUGCUUCCAGAAAAGAAAUGGCUAAGCUUGCUACUGCAAUGGGAUUUAGAGAGCAAUUGUCAGUUGUCAUUGACAAGUUGAUAAAGACUGAAAAGGAGAUUGAAGCUAUUUACUUUGUUCAUCAGUCUGGUUUAAUCGAUCGUUUUCCCCCUGAGUCCCUUCUCAAAAUGCAUCUCGAAUCCUCCAAGAAAAAAUCCAAUUCCAUAUUAAAGGAUGGCAAUAAUUCACCUGGUGCAUUGCAAGAGUCGAGCAAUCUGGAGAUAACUGCUUUAAGAUCCAUAAUGAAGUGUGUGGAGAUUUGCAACCUUGAAUCCAAGUUCAACACCACUGAGAUAAAAAGGCGUCUUGCAGUAUUGGAGAAAGCCAAGGCCAAUAGCAAGAAGCCUGCAGUUUCAAAGAAAUCUCAUGGCAAGCGACCUAUAUCGAUAGGUGCGACUGCUCCAUUUCAUCGUGCCAAAGCAGCCAGGACAUCAAAUACGCCUCAUGCUUCUUUCAGUCGGCAUCCACUCGCCUCUCGUAUCCCACCAGCUCAUCAUUCCUAAGGCUUCACAGGUCGGAGUGGAUACGAUGGCCCUGGUUCUGCAUCCUAUGCAACUGCAGGUCACAGCCAGAGUCCAGCCAGUGCGACACAAUGGAUCAUAGGGAACACAACAUUGCUGGGCAAGCACCUUAUGUUAUGGAGGAUCUACCAUCAGUUAUGGCGGAUACAAAACUAACCCUCAAUGUCACUGGGAUAGCCAUCAUAUCCACUUUGAGCCUCUCCUCUGUCAUGACUUGUGUCCAUUAUCUUUUUACUGAAUGAGUCUGUAAGUUAUAUAGGUUGCCAAACAUGGUCGUAGGUUGCAGUAUUUCUGUUGUACGAGUGAAGUGGUAGAGGUCUUGCUUAAGGGAAUGAUUUAUAAUUAUAGCGAACGUGAUGUUUAGGUAUAACUUGUUGGAAUGAGCAGUUUAUAAAAUUAUUGUUUCUAAAAA